CUCACUGCUCCGUACCUGGGCAACUAUUGUCGCAUUCUUGACAGGUUGGUUCCUGAUGGACUGAAUCUUGUGCGCAAACUCAGACUCUUUACUAUCUUCAUUGAGAACACCCGUUGGAUCAUCGCUACCAUGCGCGUCUAUAUUUAAACCUGCCUCCAUCCCUCCCCCCGCCACACAUCACAGCAGAAUCAUGGGAUGGACUCGCCCGCUGAUGCAUCAGAUGAAAGUGCUUCCCCAUAAGUACAUCGAGAAUCGACUCGUCAAAAGCCCGCCGCAUCACCGGUGGAACACGGGCCAUUAAGUAGACCAACAAGAACACAGAAUCACAGGCCAAAAUGGAGAAAGCCAUCCGAUGGUCCCCGUCCUCCACCACAGCGGAGCAACGCUUCCUCUCCGUUGAUGUGACAGGGAAGACCUUUCGCCUGUGCAGAGUUACCGCAUUCAAUAGCAAUACCGACACCAAUACCAACACCAACAAAACCAACAGCCAACCCUUGGAAUAUGAAGUCCUCUCAACACACACCAAAGUCCCCGCAUUCCGGGCCUUCGACUGGUCCUCCGUCGACGAGUCUCUCGUCGCUGUCGGGCAGUCAUCCGGCGACGCCACGAUCCUGCGCAUGAAGGGUGACACCCAGGAGUCGUUUUCGUUCCCCGUGCGCCACCAGCGGUAUUGUAAUGCGAUUGCGUUUAGUACGCAUGGCUUGCUGGCAGCGGGGCUGGACCGUGUACGCAACGACUUCUGUUUAAAUAUCUGGGAUGUGAACCAGCGGUUGGCGAUGAGGGGGGCGAAAGGGUUUGUUGAGCCAUUGAGGAAGUUGGCCAGCUCCGAGCCGAUUACGAGCGUGAAGUUCUUUAAAGAUCAACCUGACACGCUGGUGACGGGAGUGAAGGGGCAGUUUGUGAGGAUUUAUGAUUUGAGAGAGGGACCCGGAAACCCAUCGCUGCAAUUUCCUACUCGAUGCGUGCAUAAUCUAGCCAUUGAUUGGCUUGAUGAGAACUACAUCGCAUCCGCCUUCACUUCUACCGACCCAACCGUCUGUAUUUGGGAUCGACGCGUAGGGGCCCGGUUGUCGGCGGCGGUGGCUCCGAAUGCUCUUGAGACUGGUCAGAUGGAUCCAGCUCUCGAGUUCAAGAACGUCAUUUCCCCCAAGGCGUCAAUUUGGAGUCUUCGAUUCUCCAGGACCAAGCGCGGUUGUUUAGGCGUCAUCUCGAACACUGGUCACCUGAAGACAUAUAAUAUUGUCAAAGACUAUCUCGUUGAGGAAUUUCGCUCGCCCAUUGACCAGACCUUGGGCCAAAACUCGAUCAGCAACUACCCCGAGCAGAUAUACACCAAAUCCGUUCGCGAUGUCUCUAGCCCCUUUGACCAUCCUUCCCGGGGUUACAAGGAGUCGGAGCGAGUUGUCUCGUUUGACUUCCUGAACAUGAGCGUCUCCAACGAGCCCAGCGUCUUGACCCUAUCUGCAGAUGAGCGGGUCAAUAUCGUCACAAUCAAGCCUCCCGCGCCUCCUGUACGGCUGUCUUCCCAGGGCUCUUUGAUAUGCGGCAGUCCCGAUGAGUACUCUGAUUUCAAGAUGAUUGGACCGGUAUUGGGCGAGGGUUCAAAAGUCGCGACAGCCGUGAAAGACCUUCGGGACCGAGCUCUUGCCAGACAAAGCGAACAUGAUGCUUCGGAUGGGACUAGGCGGACGAAGGAUAAAAAUGCCGAACAUUUGUCCAGCCGGGAGGUUAGAGAGCGUGCCCUUUCUAUCGGAACGUUAGGCAGCCCUCUUACGGCCGAGGAGGCCUUGACGCUCUUAACUGUGAAUAGGCUCCGAUGCAAGGAGGGAUAUCUCUUUGACGGGGCUCGGAAUAAGAAGAUUUUAGCUGAUGAUCCGCCGCUCCAAGAUUUCUGGAAUUGGGUUGAGCGGGCACGAUCUGAUUCUGCGAAUGAAUCGAUGGUAAUGAACAGUUUGGAUCUGAACUACCUGGGUGUAUUCGAAGUCUGGACAGGAGACUUGGGCGCGAGUUUCGAGGCACGUUGCCUUGGUUCGAAUCCCAACCAUUGCCCGGAUAUCAAUGAUACUAUCGUAGAUUUAGUCCAGGAACAGCUUGAUCUUCCUCCAAUCAAGGGUUGCGAGACGCAUUUCUCAGAGCACCGUCGCCUUGGUCUACGGAUUUGCGGUGCAGCCCAAUCCCAUCGGGAACUGGAAGAGGUUGUGAAAACUUUAUCAUCUGAUAGCCAACAUACCAAAGCCGCUGCCCUGGCUAUUUUCCAGGAUGAACCUAAACUAGCGUACCUCGCUUUACGAAGUCACAAGCCCACGCAAGCCCAUAAACUUCUCGCAAUGGCCAUUGCUGGAGCUGCAAAAGGCGAAACGGAUUCUGAUUGGGAAGAGACUUGUGCAGAGAUCGCCAAAGAGCUCACGGACCCGUACGCGCGGGCUAUCAUCGCGCUUGUUAGCAAGGGUGACUGGUACUCUGUCAUCCAGGAAACUACCCUCCCUCUCAAAUACCGCGUUGAAGUUGCCCUGCGCUGGCUGCCGGACGACGACCUCACCACAUACCUCACCGACAUCACCAAAGAAGCCAUUCAACAAGGCGACAUCGAAGGCAUUGUCCUCACCGGGUUGGGCCACUCCGCAAUGGACCUCUUCCAGUCCUACAUCAACAAAUUCAACGAUUUCCAAACGCCAGUUCUGGCCAUGAGCCACACCGUUCCCCGAUUCAUCGAUACCCCACCUAACAAACCCCGCUUUGAGGCCUGGCGAGAAACCUACCGCUGGCAAAUCAACUCCUGGAAACUCCAACUCGAGCGAGCCCGGUUCGACGUCGGGUCUCGCAAAUUCGCUGUCACCUGGGACGGGCGAAGGUUGAUUGAGCCCCCUCGACAACAGGUCAGUUUAACGUGCAACUACUGCACCCGACCACUUACCCAGCACGACGCCUCCUCGCAGCUUCCCCCGUCGGCGACCGGGGAAGUCACCCAUACCACCGCGGGUAACCCGCUCGGCACGGCCGCACUGUCGGGGAUGAUCUGCCCUCGCUGCGGACGCCAUAUGCCACGGUGUGGGGUGUGUACGCUGUGGCUGGGGUCUCCGGACCCCAUGUCCAAGGCGUGUGUGGCUGCGGACGCCGCGGCAGAGUCACGCAAGAUCUCCGAGGCGGAGCUUAUGCGGAGGUUUAUCGUUUUCUGUAUUAACUGCAACCAUGGUUUCCACGCGCAUCAUGCACGAGAGUGGUUUGCAAAGCACAAUGUUUGUCCGGUUGCGGAAUGUAGUUGUCUUUGCGAUCGUUAGAUUCCUUUUUUUUUUUUUU